UCGUAACAUUGGGUUGUCUCGAUUGGGGCAGGUCGUCGUCAUAAAUAAUUUCGCGAAAUAGGGGAUAAUGAUACGGAGUAGCUGAAAUACUCGGUGUUAUUAUGAGCUUAAAGAGUCUUCUAAGCGAUCUUGUUGCGAAGGUUACCUCGGGUUCAUUCUCUACCUCAUUCAAUGCGCUUGUUGAAGUGUCCAAGCACUGCCGGAAGGACUCCGCAGCUGUUUGUGAAUUCUGCGCUCUCGGAGGAAUAUCGGCCCUCCUCGGGCUCCUGGAAAAGCCUAAAUACUCGGAUAUAUGUCUUAGCAUACUCGCCAACUGCUGCUUAGUUGAUAAAGCACGCGAAGAGGUCAUCAGGCGAGGUGGCUGUCGGAGUAUUGCGAGAAUCUUGUCAUGCAUCGAAAAAGAGAGCGUCCGGAACCGAGCUUGCCGGGGACUCGCCAAUGUAGCGAUGACGAGUCGAGGGGCCAAAGAGAUUCACAGCUGCAAGGCUGUCGAGCACAUAGUCACAUUCCUCACCUCACCGACGUCAUGCGAAAGUCAAGUUACAGCGCUGCGCGCAGUAAGAAUCCUCGCCAACACUCCCGAAUGCCGCGAGGACUUGGUUACCUGCAAAGCUCCUGCGGCUGUCGUGAAAUUCCUGCAGACUGAGGCCCUCCAGAAGCACGCUGUUCAGGCGCUGGCAUCGUUGACGCAGUCCUGUAGCUUGGAAUGUGCAUUGCAGAUUAAAGAGGCUGAUGGAUUCAAGAUACUAGAGGAACUUCUGCAAGCAUCGGACAGUGCAGUGCUGGAGUCUGCCUUUGCAACUCUUGCCAACCUUUCUGUGGUGGGUGAUGUUCGGCCAGACCUUGGUGCUGCUCAGGCUAUCUCUGCCCUCAUAAAGCAGCUCACCGAUUACAAUCUGGCAAAACCAAGUUAUGGAACACUUUUUUCGUCCCUGUGUCGCUACAGCCAGGAAUCCGUCAACAGGGUCCGUAUCCGGGAAUCUGGAGGCCUCCCGCUGCUGGUGCAGGCACUGUCGGACCAAAGCAAGAAAGAACUGUGGUCUUGUUGCGUCUGCGCAAUCCUUCAGUUUCGUUACGACGAGCCUAGCCUCGCAGUACUUUGGAGCCUGGACCUUGUUCCCACACUUCUGGUAUACAUCAGAGACUACACCAAAGAUCACAAGGAAGAUCAGCAUUCCGUGGAUUCCUCACCAAAUGGAAUGGAGGACCAAAAUACAAUGGCAGCAUUGGGAGAAGCCAAUGGCAUUGAUGAUGGCUGUUUAGAACUAAAGACAGUGGGGGCAGGAGCUUCAGGUGUAAAGGACGAAGACAUCGCAAGUAAUAUUACUGGGAACAAAAGCCAUAGUAGUCGCCACGUUGUUCCACAGGUUUCCACUUUGGACAUUGGUGACGAAUCUGUGGACCAGGAGAACGAGUGUGAAGUGUCAGAAGCCAAGAGUGAAGCCACAGAUUACGAUGAUAUUACUGAGCAAGCCCUAAACGAGGAAGUUUCUUCGGAGUUGAGCAAGUAUGCCAGUAAGAACACCUUUUGCAUUCACAGUCCAAGUUACCGAGAGAUUGAGAGCCAGAAUUCUGGACCAGACAUUGGAGGUUACUGCCCGGACUUGGGCUACCACAGCAACCCCGUGUCGCCCGACCAGGCCAGGCGUCCGGUGUCGCCACUUCCCGGAGCUUGGAGCCCAAGAUCUACCGACAGCGGGUUGUGGUCACCGUGUAGCACUCCACGUUGUGACUCGCCGGUGUCGGUAGCGUCGCCCGAGCCUUUCCGUAGCUUCUCUCCCAUCUGUUCCGAAAACGACAGCGACUCGGAGCAACCCAUUCCCUUUUACGUAAAGAACAUGGUGGAGUCGGUCUGUAGGGACACGCCAAAAAAGAAGGAGUUCAUCAAGCGAAAGCGCUCCUCGCUGUGCGACGACCAACCCACAAAAGCGUCUGGCCACGCUAGAGGUGCAGAGGACGACUCCCCUCCUAGCCGCGCCAAGCGAAGGCGCCGACGAACCCUGUCGGAAUCCGUCACGCCCGCCUACAAGGACCCUCAGGAGAUGCUUCUCGAUGGAAUGUUUAAGAUCCUGACGGUGUUUACCCUGCUAGAACUGCCGGAAUACAAGUUGGGGGCGACAGGUCUCUUUGACGGUUUGGUGCGUUACUUGUAUGACGUCCCGAGUCCCUUGCAAAGGGCCAGCCAGAUCAUGUCGAAGAUAACGUCUGACUUGCACUCUUUUGAGGAGAUAGUGUGCAGAGGAGAGGUACUGAAACUGAUAGAAAGCAUGGUGGCGUGCGGUUUGAAGGGAUGCAAGCACUGUCGACAGUUUCGAGACCUCGGCAGGCACUGGUUAUCUAAUCUCAUUCUCGUGGCAGAGUCCGGCUAUGGGAGCGGUGUGCUGGCGCACUGUUUGCUGACGCAGGGCAAGGAGAUUCAGAACUGGUGCUGUCUCACCAUACCUUACAUUGUCCGUGACAAGUCCAUUCUACGUCAGCUGCUGUUUGAUUGCUUAGCGUUGGAUGCGCUGCUAGACCUCCUAGAAGAAGGCAAAAAUGCAAUGGGCAGAACCUUUCGCCAGGCCGUCGACAGUCUCACCGCUUUGUGCACGUCGAUAUCGGAAAAACGAAGCCCGCUCAGAACCGCUUCGCAAGGCGCGUCCGGUGCGAACGACGCCUGUCGCCUUGAAGCGUUUACGAUGGACGUGCAACUGCAAGUCGACGACGGCAGCAAGGUGACUGGCAACAGGCACCGGUUGAGCGAGGCAAACGACUACUUCAGGACGAUGCUCGAUGGACACUUUGUUGAGAAGGACCAGGAGGUCGUCGCGUUCCGCAGCGCCCACGGGAAGCCGCUGAGUGUCGUGAUCCACUUCCUCCACGGUUGCGACUUUCAGACGUGCGCGUUUAUGAGCAGCGAGCUGUCGGUCAACGUGCAGCUGGACGUUUUGGGUCUCUGCGACCUCAUGUUGCUCCCCAGUUUGCAGAGAGAGAUUGAGAUCAGGGUGAGGCAGAACCUCAAACUGGAAAGUGCGUGCGAUGUGUACGGCCGGGCUCUGGAGCUUGGCAUGACUGGCUUUCGCAAGGCUGCACUGUGGUUCGUGUUGACAGAGAAAACGGACUCUGAACGCCAGUGUGAGUGUCUGUGCGAGCUGGUCAGUGGGAAGCAUGGAGGACAAGUUUUGGACGACAUUGCCAGUUUGGUCCGUCAAAACGUGUACGUUAACGACAGUACCAGUACCACAUAAUCAGGCCUGUUUAGGUUUUUUUUUCUUGUAUAUAGACACUGUAUAUAAAGUUUGUAUGCCGCAUGCAAAGUAAACAUUGAAAGUAAGUUGAAGGAAAACUAUUGAGAAGGGUAGAAUAGUAGUUUAACAGAAUUUCUUGACAAGGUCAUCAGCUUGGUUCAUUUGAACCUAAACCACGGUGGUUUGAGUGUUGUUGAAAUGGGUGCUUAUCUGAGUGUGUUAAUGGUGUGUACAGCUGCGUCUCCCAUGUACAAAGUGGAUAUUAAAGUGCAGGACGAAGAAAAAUGAUUGAGCACUUAUUUCCAGAUUCCAGAUAGUAUUCACAUACCACAGUAGUAAUGGCUAGUGAACGAUUGUGAACUGCUCACAAUUAGGAAAAGGGCAACACGAAAGAAGACACAAAACAGAUUGAUCUGUUUUGUGUCAUCUUUCAUGUUAUCCUUUUCCUAAUUGUGUGCAGUUCACAGACAUUUCCUAGAACGCACCAACUAAUCCCUCAAGACGCUCUGAUUAGUAAUGGCUACUUGAUAGCAGACACUGCCACUGCCAAUAGUAGCUCGAGUACGUGAGUAAGUUGGUGAAUAAACUUCCAGAAGUUUGAGUAGUAAAUCAGCACUAGCUAAAAGCAAAUCAUUUGCACUCGCACUCCCUUUUUUUUCUUUGCUACAAAAAUGCGGGAAUAAGUUACCAGAGCUGUCUAUAUGCAUGCCUUGCUUAAAAAAAAGAAGAAAUUUCCACAUAAUAUGGCAAUAAUGCAGAAUCUUCCACGCUAUAGGAAAAUAAGGACUGAAGUUAACAGUUAACGAAAAA